UUUUUCAAAAAAUUUUAGUGAGGAAUCUGCCACACCUAUAAUAAAUACUGUCCAUGAAGUAUUGGGGAAUACAAAUAACCUCUAGUAUUGCCAGAGAUCGUUUAAGCAUUAGAAAGAACAGACACCAGAUAAUUCUCAGAAAUUUUUCAUCCAAAAAGUUCAGUCCUCCUGAUACUUCCAAAGAGGGAAUAAAGCUGUACAUUUCUAGCAUUUAAGUUCCUAUUCCUGUUUCAGAAAGACAGCGUGACCCCUUCAAAGCCUGCACGGAGGAUCACCACGGCAAUCAGGGGUCAGGGCGCCGGGGCCGUGGCGAGGCAGACCCUGGGCAAGCAGCAUCCCCCUUGCCUAGCAAUCCAGCGGCUGGGCCAUGGAAAGAUGCGCUCGGAGGGACAAGCCACAGCCCCCCUGGGCUCUGGGGGCUGGCUGGGGACAGGAUUGAACACCUGACGCUUACAGAAUGAUCCACAACUUUCACAGAUUUCCCCGCUGAGCACUUCGGCGGACACAGAAAAGGCGAGGGGCAUUCACUGGUAGAUCGCCGGAGAAAAACGAGCGGACGACGAAACGUUUUGGAACACGAACUUCUGGGAGAGACAGAUGAAAGCAGCGGGAAGUGUGAAUCAUUCUGGCCAUAAACCAAGGUGGUACCACGACAAUCUCACCCGACACGCAGCAGAAGCGCUGCUGCUCUCCAAUGGGCGGGAUGGGAGCUAUCUUUUGAGGAAGAGUAACGAAAGGGAAGAUUUGUACUCCCUCUCUGUAAGGGGUAAAGAUUCUGUGAAACACUUCCAUGUUGAGCACACAGGAACUUCAUUCAAAUUUGGAUUUAAUGAAUUUUCUAGCUUGAGGGAAUUGGUCAUGCAUUUUGCAAACCAGCCUUUAAUUGGAAGUGAAACAGGAACUUUAAUUGUAUUGAAGCAUCCCUACCCACGGCAAGUGGAAGAACCUUCCAUUUACGAGUCCGUCCGAGUUCACACUGCAAUGCAGACAGGAAGGACAGAAAGUGACCUUGUCCCAAAUGCACCCUCACUCGGUACCAAAGAAGGAUAUUUGAUAAAACAAGGCAAAAUAGUCAAGAGCUGGAAAACAAGGUGGUUUACACUGCAUAGGAAUGAACUUAAGUACUUCAAAGACCAGACAGCUACGGAACCAAUUCGAGCACUUGACUUAACUGAAUGCUCAGCUGUGCAAUUUGACUAUUCCCAGGAAAGAGUCAAUUGUUUCUGUUUAGUGUUCCCACUAAGGACAUACUACCUGUGUGCAAAAACCGGGAUAGAAGCUGACGAGUGGAUUAAAAUCCUGCGGUGGAAACUGUCACAAAUACGGAAGCAGCUGGAGGAGCGCAAUGCCACCCUCAGAUCCUAGCUGUGUGCCAGCUGUGUGCCAGCACUCCUACUCCACCGGCAGGAAUUGCCUCUCUCCAUGGGGAAGGCAUUGCUUACCAGAGGGCAGCCUCACAUCUCCAGUGCCCCCACACAGAUGUCACCCACUGCACACACGGGAUCCUGCAGCUCUGGGUACUCUGGGGCUGCCGAGUCACACGUGGGGAUGGUUACAGAAUCACAGUGUGGGUUUGAGAAGUGUGGUGUAUGCCUGUAAUGCACUUGAUUCAAACACCUGCCACCUAAUCACAGAGGUGGUCACUGUUCAAAACUUUUGGGGUUAUUUCAGAGCACUCAUUAAUUUAUUGCAAGGUGCAUCACAACUAAGCAUCAGUAUCAUAUUCUGUAACCUUGAACCUUUUAUUUAAAACAGGUCCUUUCUGGAAACAUUAAAUAUCUUUUUAUUACCUGUUUAGGCUUUAAACCUAAAGAAAAAUGACAGAAUUACAUUUUGUAAAUAGUAUCUAUAUUGCAAUCCAAAGAGUAGUAUUUCAAGGCCUUUUUCAAAGUGACAGAUGCGUGACACUUAGUUCUGGUCACACAAAUUUUAAUUAGGUUUAGCUUUAUACCACAGUGAUGGCUACAAGGGUAUGUUUGUUUCAAACAGCAUGUGUAGGUAAUGGUGAGCAGCAUCAUGUAAGCACACUUGUAUACAAACCAGGGUUACGAGAAACACCAGCUGCUUCCUGGCACUCAUAGGACACACAUAUAACAGCUUACUAGACAGACAAGAAGUGGAUCCCAUGAUGUUGGGGCUGUACUCUAAAUAGAUGUUACAUUUUGGAAACAAAGUUUUGACACACUCCAGAGGCUCAAGACCAGACUGGCUCAGCUGCAAGAUCCCCUGAGCAAUUCUGUGCCUUCUCAAGGGCUGGGCAAAGAGGGGGAACCCUCUCUCCCUACAUAAUAACUAAAUUUCUGUUGAAACAACAUCUGCAAACAUCUCCUGCUAUGCAACACUGCAGUCUAUGUUUGGUAUUGCUCAUGCAGAAGGUAUUUCAUAAUUACCUUUACUGGGAGAAGAGUGCAGAAGAGGAAGGCAAAAGCACAUUGGAAGAAGAAAGAAAAUCUAGAUUUGGACAUAUAAAUAGCAUUUUAUUUCAACUUUAGAAAUUAAAAGUAUUUGUAAAUAUUUUUAUACAGACUGUUUUAUGAAUAAAAUGUCUUUAUAAAACUACCACAGGGCUUUUAUAUUCCUGCACUGUAUUGCUAAAGCUUUGUCCUUCUUUCUCCCUUAAUGAAGCUUUAACAAACUGGCAUCUCCCAUUUAGUUAAAAACCUUUGCUGAAUUUGUGUGAGAGAGAGGCAGCAUAAGGGGAAGAGAGAGAUUGUGCUCCCCAACAGCAUCACUGUCCUGUGAACAUGGCUUGGGAAUGGAGCUUGUAUGGGUUUCCUUGUAGGGAAACCACAAAGCCUCCCCUUUUUCACAGCAAAGGCUGCUUCACAAAACACUGAAAACAAGUUCAGCACAUGGUGUCACAAACUGAAGCCAGUGAAAGAAAUGGUGCUUGGGUGGCCUUGGAAGCUGUCACAGAUGGGUUGAGCAGAAGCAAACAGCAAGGGGAGGCUUUUGCUGGAACACAAACACAUUUUGACAGAAAUACACACACAUUCCAGCUGCAUCUGUAAUGGCCAGUAAUGAAAGUCCCAUUCCAGCUUAGUUUAAAUGGAAAAGGGUUGACUGACAAGGUGUAAUCUCUUUUUGAGCCAAGAACUCCCAGUUUUCCUUUCCAGCACCACUGUUUCCCCCCCAUCCUG